UAUGGAAACUGAACCACUGGCUCUUCAUCUUGACGCAUCACAAAAAUUUGCUCAUUAAAUUUUUCGCUGCGUAAAAUUGUUUGUAAAAUACUUGGAAAUGCUCUAAAUUUCCGCAAAUUUGUGCUCGUUUAGUAAACUGCUCCCGCUGAACCGGAUAGUGAAAUUUUUCGCGCACCAUGACGCAGUAUUUGCCACCAAACCUGCUGGCAUUAUUUGCCCCACGCGAUCCGAUUCCAUUUUUGCCACCUCCCGAUAAGCUUCCCCACGAGAAGAAAUCGCAAGGCUAUGCCGGCGUUGGUACAUUUCUGGAUCUGUUUGAGGACCCAAAGGAUACUCCGCCACCGACCCGGGUCGAGACCCGCGAGGAACGGAUCGAGAGGCGCCGUCGGGAACGGGCAGAACAGGUAGCCUACAAGCUUGAACGGGAAAUUGCCACCUGGGACCCGAAUCAGCUCACUGGCGCCACGGCAGAUCCGUUCAAGACGCUCUUCGUUGCUAGAAUUAAUUAUGACACUUCAGAAUCCAAGCUGCGACGCGAGUUCGAAAUAUACGGUAAAAUUGUCAAGAUUGUGAUAAAUCUCGACAAAGAAUCCGCAAAGCCCAGAGGAUAUGCGUUUAUUGAGUAUGAACAUGAACGGGACAUGCACUCCGCCUACAAGCACGCCGAUGGUAAGAAAAUCGAUGGUAAGCGAGUGCUGGUCGAUGUGGAGCGUGCCCGUACGGUAAAGGGCUGGCUUCCGCGACGUCUCGGCGGAGGACUGGGUGGAACCCGUCGAGGAGGACCGGAGGUCAAUAUCAAACACUCGGGUCGAGAGGACAACGAACGGGAACGGGAGCGCUACCGAUUGGAACGCGAACGAGAGGAUCGUGGACGGGGCGAUCGAUUCGAUGCACGAUUCGAACGUCGUCGCUCACGGUCCCGCGAUCGCGGUGAACGUCGCCGGCGUAGUCGCUCGAAGGAGCGUCCUCGCCGCAGGCACAGUCGCGAGCGGGAGGUGGACGACCGCUGGGAUAAAGAGCGGGAACGCAGUCGGGACAAAGAUCGCGAUCGGGAUCGUGAUCGUGAGCGCGGGGACCGCGACCGUUCCGAUCGUGAUCGUGACCGUGAGAAGAAGCGAAGACGCAGCCGCAGUCGGUCGCGUGACCGCGAUCGUUCUGACAAAAAACGUGACAAACGGGACAAGGACCGCGACAAGGAGCGUAAGGAACGCAAACCCGAGCUCCGCGAGGGAGAGAUCAAGAUCAAGGAAGAACCGUUGGAUGAUUAUCCGGAUUACAGUGCUCAGUACACUAACUAUCAGGCACAGGUAAAGAAUGAAGACGACGAGGAAAAGUACCGUCCGCACGAAGAUGAGGAUCAAAAUGGAGCUCCGCGGACGCGUGCUAGUGGGGAGAAUGGUGGCCGCUAUGGUGCAGUAAACCGCGAAGAAGCUCCCUAUGACGAUCGGUACGACGAUUAUUAGAUUGUGUAGCUUUGAGCGAAUUUUCUCAUCGCAGUCUUUUCAAAAUUAAUGUGGUACUCCUGCGAGCAUAAUUCCGCUAUCCAUCAGCUUCAAAGUUUACUAAGGUACAGUCCCAUUUGACUGGGUUGAACUUUCGUUUUUUACCGUAGAUUAAAUUCAUAAACAGAGAUCGGAUUCAUAAACACAUAACAAAGGUUAAGUAUUUGUUCGUAAGAUCAUAUUUUUUUCGCGUGGCAUCGGACAGGUAAAGUAUUUUUUAA